AUGGACAAGUUUCGGAUGGUCUUCCAGUUCCUACAGUCCAACCAGGAGUCCUUCAUGAACGGCAUCUGUGGGAUCAUGGCCCUCGCCAGCGCCCAGAUGUACUCAGCCUUUGAUUUCAACUGCCCCUGCCUGCCACACUACAACCUGGCCUAUGGGCUGGGCAUCCUCCUGGUGCCCCCCCUCAUACUGUUCCUGCUGGGCUUCGUGCUGAACAACAACGUCUCCAUGCUGGCGGAGGAGUGGAGGCGACCGCAGGGCCAGCGAGGGAAGGACCCGGCCGUCCUGCGCUACAUGUUCUGCUCCAUGGCGCAGAGGGCUAUGAUCGCCCCGGCAGUCUGGGUCUCGGUGACGCUGCUGGACGGCAAGUGCAUCACCUGCGCCUUCUGCACCUCGGUGCCGGUGGAGACCCUGGGCAAUGCCAGCCACCCCGGCCUCUCCCCAGGGGAGAUAAAGCAGGUCCUUGCCCGCAUCCCCUGCAAGGAGAUCUACGAUGGACAGGAGCUCAUUGCCAAUGAAGUGGCCGUCAGGUACCUGCGCUGCGUCUCUCAGGCUCUGGGCUGGUGCUUUGUGCUGCUGAUGACCACGCUGGCUUUCUUGGUCAGAUCGCUCCGGCCCUGCUUCACCCAAGCCGCCUUCUUGAAGAGCAGGUACUGGUCCCACUACAUCGACAUCGAGCGCAAGCUGUUCGACGAGACCUGCACGGAGCACGCCAGGAGCUUUGCCAAGGUCUGCAUCCAGCAGUUCUUCGAGGGCAUGAGCACCGACCUGGAGGCCGCUCGCUGCCACCCGCCCAGGAAAGCCCCCGCCGAUGCGGGGGAAGCCGCCAAGAAGCUCCUGGGCAUCACUGACCAGGGCACCAUGAACACGGCCCUGAAGAGCUGGCACCGAUGCAAGCCCCCGCUGCAGCUCCACCCGCCUGCCCUCCCCAGUGGCAACGGGUGGGCACAGUCGGGAAGGCCGCAGGGCCUUGUUUAUCCGGGCUACUCGCUGGUAGCUCUGGUAGCAGGGUUUUGA